AUGUCUCUCAAGUCCGCUGUCGCUGUUUCCGUCCUGGCUGCUGCCAAGCUUGUCGCUGGCCACGCCGCUAUCAUCGCCGCCACUGGUGAGCUCGGUGGCAGUGCCAUGGCCCUCGGUGUUGACCCCAACACUCCUCGUGAUGGCACUCGCCGUGACCCCUUCCAGGCCGAUGCCACUCGCUUCAAGGGCCCCAACGCCGACACCUUCGGUCAGACCGUUGGUGCUGGUGAGAACGAUCUCGAGACUGGCACCAAGGCCAUCAUGGCCAUGACUGGCGACCAGCUUCCCCAGGUCCGUGCCGGUGGCUCCAUCGACAUGACCCUCCACCAGGUCAACGGCGACGGUGGCGGUCCCUACGACUGCAUGAUCAACGGCGAUGGUACUGGUGCCUCAUGGACCGCUAUCAACGUCGUCACUACUCCUCCGGGCCAGAACUCCCGCAACCGCGCUGGUGCCAUGACCGACUUCCCCCUUAAGGCUACUAUCCCUGCGGACCAGACUUGCACUGGUACCGUUGCCGGCCAGAACAACGUCUGCCUGGUUCGUUGCCAGAACGCCGCUCGCGCCGGUCCCUUCGGCGGUGUUGUCCCUGUCCAGAUGGCCCAGCCUGGCAACACUCCCGCUGCGGCUCGCCGCAAUCUUGCCCGCGCCGUUCAGGAGUCCGAGUUGGCCUUCAAGCGUAUGAUGAAGCGUGCUGUCGAGGCCGAGAUUGAGGAUGAGGAGUAA